AAUUUUAGAGUGGAACUUUAAGUUCAUAUUUAUUUUCUUUGAUUUUGUAUUUCACCUCUUUAAAGUAGAAUGUACCUUUGCCUUGCACCUUGAGCAGUACAGGAUUCCUGUAAUAACCACACAAUUUCCAUUAAUUAUUUAAGUUCAUUAGUUGCAUUAAUAAUACACUAUCAUUAAAAAAGACCUAUCAUCAGGGUUAGCCAGCUCUAAAUAUAAGUUUUAUUUUGAGCCCUUAAGAGUAAUUGUAGUUGUUGUGAUGAUUGGAGUCCCAAUACAUUGAUCUUCAGUGGACACCAUCUUUUUCUAUUUUAUUUAAAGGCUGUUUUGAUAGUUCUUAGCAAAUUCUCCUGAUUUGCAGUGACAACCAGAUUUUAAAUCUUCUUAGUCUCCCUCCACCAAAGUCAAUUCCUAGAAUGGUAUUUGCAGGAGAAUUACAGCAACUGUACUGAAACAUUGAUGUUGUGUGCAUCUUGCCUUUUUUAUAUGUUAGUUGAUACUCUUGGUCAAAAUUUCAGAGCUAGAAGGAACCCUGGAGUCCACAGAAGUGAACACAAAUCUAUUUGAUUUCCUUGAAGCAUUUUUGACCCCCUUAAAAGCUGCUGGAUCCAUGUGGAAGAAAGACAAUGAGAGAGUGGCUCUUUAGUACAAGAUUAGCAUGUUUAUAGUACUUAAACAUGCAAUGGGGGAGAAGGGCUAGAGGAAGGGGACCAUCUGCACUCUUUAAAGAAUCUCUUUUGAGCAGAGGAUAUUUCUGAGAAGCAUAGACUCUCAAAGUAAGAACAGUAGAUCUAGUCUUCACCUUUCGUUUCUCAAAUGCAGAAACACAGGCUCAGAAAGCAAAAGCAGACAUGUGUCAAUUUAAAUUCUACAUCUAUGUAUUUGGUAAGCGGAGGCCUAAAUAACAUUGUUAAUAUUUGGGAUUUAAAAUCAAAAAGAAUUCAUCGAUCUCUUAAGGAUCAUAAAGAUGAAGUAACUUGUGUAACAUACAAUUGGAAUGAUUGCUACAUUGCUUCUGGAUCUCUUAGUGGUGAAAUUAUUUUGCACAGUGUAACCACUAAUUUAUCUAGUACUCCUUUUGGCCAUGGUAGUAACCAGUCUGUUCGGCAGUUGAAGUACUCCUUGUUUAAGAAAUCACUACUGGGCAGUGUUUCGGAUAAUGGAAUAGUAACUCUCUGGGAUGUAAAUAGUCAGAAUCCAUACCAUAACUUUGACAGUGUACACAAAGCUCCAGCUUCAGGCAUCUGUUUUUCUCCUGUCAAUGAAUUGCUCUUUGUAACCAUAGGCUUGGAUAAAAGAAUCAUCCUCUAUGACACUUCAAGUAAGAAGCUGGUGAAAACUUUAGUGGCUGACACUCCUCUAACUGCAGUAGAUUUCAUGCCUGAUGGAGCCACUUUGGCUAUUGGAUCUUCCCGGGGGAAAAUAUAUCAAUAUGAUUUAAGAAUGUUGAAAUCACCAGUUAAGACCAUCAGUGCUCACAAGACAUCUGUGCAAUGUAUAGCAUUUCAGUACUCCACUGUUCUUACUAAGUCAAGUUUAAAUAAAGGCUGUUCAAAUAAGCCCACAACAGUGAACAAACGAAGUGUUAAUGUGAACGCUGCUAGUGGAGGAGUUCAGAAUUCCGGAAUUGUCAGAGAAGCACCCGCCACGUCCAUUGCCACAGUUCUACCACAGCCUAUGACGUCAGCUGUGGGGAAAGGAACAGUUGCUGUUCAAGAAAAAGCAGGUUUGCCUCGAAGCAUAAACACAGACGCUUUAUCUAAGGAAACAGACAGUGGAAAAAAUCAGGAUUUCUCCAGCCUUGAUGAUACUGGGAAAAGUAGUUUAGGUGACAUGUUCUCACCUAUUAGAGAUGAUGCUGUAGUUAACAAGGGAAGUGAUGAGUCCAUAGGCAAAGGAGAUGGCUUUGACUUUCUACCGCAGUUGAACUCAGUGUUUCCUCCAAGAAAGAAUCCAGUAACUUCAAGUACUUCACUAUUGCAUUCUAGUCCUCUUAAUGUCUUUAUGGGAUCUCCAGGGAAAGAGGAAAGUGAAAAUCAUGAUCUGACAGCUGAGUCUAAGAAAAUAUAUAUGGGAAAACAGGAAUCUAAAGACUCCUUCAAACAGUUAGCAAAGUUGGUCACAUCUGGUGCUGAAAGUGGAAACCUAAAUACCUCUCCAUCAUCUAACCAAACAAGAAAUUCUGAGAAAUUUGAAAAGCCAGAGAAUGAAAUUGAAGCCCAGUUGAUAUGUGAACCCCCAAUCAAUAGAUCCUCAACUCCAAAUCCAAAGAUAGCAUCCUCUGUCACUGCUGGAGUUGCCAGUUCACUCUCAGAAAAAAUAGCCGAUACCAUUGGAAAUAACCGGCAAAAUGCACCAUUGACUUCCAUUCAAAUUCGUUUCAUUCAGAACAUGAUACAGGAAACGUUGGAUGACUUUAGAGAAGCAUGCCAUAGGGACAUUGUGAAUUUGCAAGUGGAGAUGAUUAAACAGUUUCAUAUGCAACUGAAUGAAAUGCAUUCUUUGCUGGAAAGAUACUCAGUGAAUGAAGGUUUAGUGGCUGAAAUUGAAAGACUACGAGAAGAAAACAAAAGACUACGAGCCCACUUUUGAAGUUUCAGUGAAUAUCUUAAUGUUCUAUAAUUUGGGAAGUUUCAGGCAACACGGAACUACAUAGAAUCAGUAUUGUUUUCAUGGCUUCCAGGGAAAAAAAAAUUUUCAAGUAAAAGUGUGAUGGGAUUUUAUACCAACCACUGUUUCAUCUUAAAAAUAUGUAUAUUUUUAUAUUAAAAAUUGUACAGUAUGUCAUCUACCCAAUAGGAAAGUCAACAGGAUCUUUAUUUUUUUGAAAGCUUUAGCCAUCCACUAAGUGCCCUUUUUAAGAGAAGAAAAUUGUGCAUAAAUAUUGGUUAUGUUUAUUUUUUAGCCAUCUUUUUUUUUUAACAUAUAUUUUUUAUUGACAAAUUGCCUUUCAAAUUUUUGGGGCUAGUUGAGAUUUAAAGACUUUGAUAUACCUUCUAUUUUUAUGGAGAAAGUAAUUUUAAAAUGGCAAUUGGUGUUUCUAAGCCACUGAUUAAUAAAGCAUAGGGUUGGCUAGUAAUUAUUUGUUAACUUGAUGAAGUCAAGUAUGACUAUUAUUUAUUGUACAUUUGAUAAGACAAUUUUUGGAAUUUUGAAUUGCACAAAUUACAUGAUAUCUUUUGCAUUUAUGUUACUAUAUUGUACUUCUGACAAAUCUUUAUUCCUGGGUGGUAUUUUUUAGAUGUCUUUACCUAUAAAAAAUGUUUAAGAUUCAUAGGACUCGACAAGAGCUAUCUAUCUGCUGAUUAUCUCAUUAGUAAUAUGCAACAUUGUACUGUAAAAUUUCAGUCAACAUGACAACUUAUAAUGAGUGGAGAUUUCAUAUUAGACACUAAAUAUUAUAGUAUUAUUGCUAUUUUGUUUUUCCAAGUAAGAAGUAUGGUUUAUUUUAUUUUGUGGUCUUUAUCAUUAACUUGAAUUCUUUCUGUACUGUGUGUAAUAUUUUUAUAUUACUGGCCUUACCACAAAAUUAUUUAGAAAGGUUGUCAGAAUAAUUUAUACCUCUUUGGCAAUAGACAGAUGUAUACAUCUACCUACCGUGAUCUACAAUUUUAGAUUAAGUGAAGCUUGGGAGGGCUACUGACUUGUUUACCUUCUUGUCUCUUGUCUCAAAGAUUUAAACUAUGUACCUUUGUAUAGCUCUCCUGCCCCAUUUUGACUUCUGAGAUGAAAGUAUGUACUAAAAUUUAAAAAAAAAGAUAAAAACUUUAGGUUACUAACUUUAUGGGUUUCUGAAGUGAUGGAAAUUUUCAAGGAUAUAUUUAAUAAGCAUAAACUUACUAAUAAUCACUUCCAAAAAUAAAAACAGGAAUAUUACUUUUACCCAGUGUGGUUUAUAGAAUACAUUUGUACUGAAGCAUAUAGGGGUGUUAAUGUGAUCUUUUCCUGACAGAUUAUGAAAGCAUUAUGACUUGUAACAAGUUUACUUGUAUAUCACUAUCUAACAGGUUUAGAAGACAUAAAUGUUAGUGUGUUUUGCCUACAUGAUGUAUUUAAAUCUAUUAAUAUUUUCCUAUUGCUUUUUUUGAAAAAUAAAUGUGCAUAAUGUCUAUUAAAAGAGGUGGGAUAAAAUAAUUUUAGUAAUUAUGUGUACAGAUGAAACAUGUUUGUCAUGGAAUUUAAAAGCUAAGUAAGUAUAAAAAAUAAAAUUUUAGAUGCGGAAAAUAGG